AUGACCCUGAAGAAGGGCUCUGGGCUCCGCAGCUCUCAGCUCUCUCCUCCACCACCGUCCGGGUUCCCUGGGAACUGCAAAGAGCACACCUCCUGGACCCUCAAACCGGCGGGGACGUACAACCCUGCGCCUCCCCUGCGGAUCCUGGAGCCCUCACAGACGGCACCCCCUGGACCUCCCGUGGACCACCGAACCCUCGCAGACCGCUUGCCCCUGAUGUCCCCGGGACCCCCGAGCACUCGCAGACGUGCGCCCCUGACCUCCCCGGGACCCCCGAGCACUCGCAGACCGUGCGCCCCUGACCUUCCCGUGGAUCCGGCUUCCGGGCAGCGCCCAGACCUCCCCGUGGACGCCCUAACCCUCGCGCGCCCCGGAGCCUCUCCAGCGUACCCCAGACUCGGCUACAGAGCAUCCCUGGCCCUCCCCCGGGCACCUCGAGCCCUCGCAGACCGCGCGCCCCUGACCUCCCCGGGACCCCCCGAGCACUCCCCGUGGACCCCCCUGACCUCCCCGGGACCCCCGAGCACUCGCAGACCGCACGCCCCUGACCUCCCCGGGCUCCCCACGACACUCCCCGUGGACCCGAGCCCCGCGACCGCGCUUCCCGGGACCUUCCCAGCAUCCCUGGGCCCUCCCCACGGGCACCUGAGCCCCGCGCACCCGCGCGCCCCUAACCUCCCCGGGACCCCGGAGCCCUCGCAGACCGCGCUCCCCGGACCUCCCCGUGGGCCCCCCCCGACCUCCCCGUGGACCCCGAGCCCCCGCGGACCGCGCGCCCCGGACCUCCCCGUGGGCUCCCCCCGACCUCCCCGGGACCCCCACGACCUCCCCGUGGACCCCGAGCCCCCGCAGACCGCGCGCCCCGGACCUCCCCGUGGACCCCCCGACCUCCCCGGGACCCCCCGACCUCCCCGUGGACCCCCCGACCUCCCCGGGACCCCGGAGCCCUCGCAGACCGCGCUCCCCGGACCUCCCCGUGGGCCCCCCCCGACCUCCCCGUGGACCCCGAGCCCCCGCGGACCGCGCGCCCCGGACCUCCCCGUGGGCUCCCCCCGACCUCCCCGGGACCCCCACGACCUCCCCGUGGACCCCGAGCCCCCGCAGACCGCGCGCCCCGGACCUCCCCGUGGACCCCCCGACCUCCCCGGGACCCCCCGACCUCCCCGUGGACCCCCCGACCUCCCCGGGACCCCGGAGCCCUCGCAGACCGCGCUCCCCGGACCUCCCCGUGGGCUCCCCACGACCUCCCCGUGGACCCCGAGCCCCCGCGGACCGCGCGCCCCCGACCUCCCCGUGGACCCCCCGACCUCCCCGGGAACCCCCCGACCUCCCCGAGGACCCCGAAACCCCGCGGACCCCCCCCGACCUCCCCGGGACCCCGGGGCCUCUCCCAGACAGCGCGGCCCCGGCUCGGGGCUAACGGAGCAUCCCUGGGCCCUCCCCACGGCCCGAGCCCCGCGCGGACGCGCACGUCUCCCCCGGGCGCCCCCCUGCAGGCCGCACCUUCCCGCGCCCCAGGCCCAGCGGACGCCCUCCACCCGGCCGGACGCGCAGCCUCCCCUCGGCCCGUGCGCCAGCCUCCCCGGCCUCGGCGGGCCCGGCUGCAGGCCCGCGGCGCUGGCGUCUCCUCGGCCCGGGCCCCGCACACGCACCAUCCGGGCCUCGGGCGCCUCACACACGUGUCACGGCGACACUUAA